AAUGAAGGACCUACAAGAAAAAGCUCGCGGAAAGGACAUUGGGAACAAUAUAUUUGGGGAUUGCAAAAGUAAGUAGAGCCGAGAGGCGGUGAUGGUGCAGUCAUCUUCUUCGGCCAUAGACUCUUCCAAUAUUGGGUUUCAGGGUAGGUUAGAGCCUGGGCAAGCUUACUUGAAGCAAAGCAAACGAGGCUUAGGAGCAGAUGCACCAAACAAAAGAUCGUUGCAAGUUUCAGAAAACGAGUCUAGUGGAAUGUCUGAAAAGAACAUUAACGGCAAGAAUUGGGUUCAGGAUGAAGAAAUGACGGCUUCAAGUUCAUCAACAACCAUUAACUCAUCCAAUAUAGGCUUUCAGCUAUUGAAGAAACAUGGUUGGAAAGAAGGAACUGGUCUUGGCAUUUCUGAGCAGGGAAGGCUGGAGCCUAUACAAACGUACUUGAAGAAUAAUAAGCGGGGACUGGGAGCAGAUAAAGUACAGAAGGUUUUAAAGCCCCCUGAUCCUUCUCCCUUGAAUGAAAAAAGUGGCCAGGAGCUGCAUAAGAAAAAAUCCAAGGGACUCUCAAAGAAGAUGAAGAAGAUGCAGGAGUUAGAAAGUAGAUUACAAGAGAAAGAAUUUGAGCGAGCCUUUUUCAGGGAGUUCUGGCCAGAUAAUGUUUGACAUUGCCUUCUCUAUUGUCUUGUCCAACAACUUGCUUAUCAAAUUGUACAGGGAUUUACUUUUCCUUCCUUUAUUAUGUAAAAUGUAUUUUCAACUCUAUUGAAUCUGCCAAUAAGAGCAGUAUUGUACAAUUCUAUGAUGCUAAAUGAAUUUGCCACAAGUUUGAGUUUCAAU